AUGAACCGAUUUACGAGAGCAGAAUUAAAUUCGACAUUUCGUCCCGUAUUACUGUAUAAUGAAACUGUUUUAGCGACACAAGAUAAUGUAGGACUUUAUGAUGGCAACGAAAAGGCAGCUGAUUAUAUGAAUGGAACAGCGUACCUAACUUCACACAGAAUUAUUUAUGUGGAUUCCCAAAACCCGGUCACCAAUUCGAUCGCAGUUGAAAUAAAAUUUAUCAAAGGAAGGGAUUUUUAUGUAAGGAUUUGGCAAGCGAUAGGCUUUGUCAGGUCUUCACCAAAGAUUACUUUACGAUUCUCGGAUACGACCUCUCCCUAUUCUCAUUCUGAUAACCAGCUAUAUCAUAGCUCUCCAUUUUCUUCUGUCACUAAUUUACAAAACACCUUACCACCAACAUCAUCAUCAUGGAUAUGUCCUAUUUGUUCAUUCAUAAAUAGAGAUCUUCAAGACAUUAAAUGCCGAUUAUGUGGUGUUAAACGUAUUGCCUCAUCUGCCUCAUCAACUUUAAAUGUUAGAUCUGAUUUUGAGGAUUCUGUUGAUCAACUACAACGCUCACCAUCUCCCAAUAUCCCAACUGAUGAUAUUGGAAUUGCUUGUAAGGUUUGCACAUUUUUGAAUCAUCCGAGUAUGAUCAAGUGCGAGAUGUGUGAAGCCGAUUUGAGAACAUUUGAUGUUAGUAAUUUGGACUUUGAAAAUGAUCUCGAAGCUUCAAAAAAUUUUAAAUCUGCCAAGGACAAUGAUUUUGUGAGAUUGGCAUUUCGAGAUGGUGGUUCAAAUGCUUUUUAUGAAAAAUUGAAAUCGGCGAUGGCAGCAAAGGAAUGGGAGAAAGCACAAGAAACGUCAAUGGGUAUAAUUCGUAACGCAGAACAAAGUCAAAAGGAACAGAAGGAAACGUUGAAUCAGGCUUUUAAAGAUUUGGAUGGCCUAAUGGCGAAAACUUCUGAAAUGGUUAAACUUGCAGAAUCUAUCAGGAAUAAAUUGAGCAAGGAACUAGAUUCAGAAACUUCAACAGACGAAACAUCCGAUUUUAGAACAUAUUUAAUCGAAUUAGGAAUACCAAAUCCUGUAACAAAAGAUUCUGCUGGAUCUACAUACCACAAAGAACUAGCACGUCAACUUGCCGAGUUCCUGGAUAACUUGCUGGAAAAGGAAAAUGGCAUGAUGUCAUUGACAGAUAUUUAUUGUCUUUUUAACCGAGCGCUUAAACAUGGUCGACAUGAUUCAGAAAGUCGUCAAGCAAUUAUUGAACAAUUACAGCGGCAUGAAGAUUUGAAACGUAAAAUUCAUGACCUUGGUUCUGAUGAAGAAUUGGAUGAUGUUUCAAGUGAAUCUAAUAAUGAAGAGGAUGAAAGUGUCAUAAAAGAAAAAGCAUUUGACGAGUUGGCGCAAUACCAGCUUAAAGAUUCAGCUGAUGAAGAACCUGUGAAGGCAAAGGAUUCAGUGAAGAAUGUGGAUAAUAAUCUUGGAAGAAUGAUAUUUGGUGUUGGAACUAAGGAAAAGGGAGCGCGUUCCGAUGAUUCAUCUAAUGCUAGAGUGUCUUUUAAUCAAGGACCAGAUAUCACGACGUUGCCAAAGUCGACUUUUGAUCAAAAAAAAGAUUCUGAAGCGUCAUUGCUUUCGGAGCCAGGGUAUAAUAAUGAUUCAACAAAUCAGCAAGAUGAAUCACAAAAUGAUUCUGAGGAAAUAAAUCCUUGGCUUCAACAUGACACCUCUAAGCUAGCGACUUCUAGUAAAAAAGUUAAUAAAAGUAUUAAUAUCAAAAAUAGCAAUAAGCUUAACAAAUUAGCCUCAAAACUCAAUAAACAGAAACGUGAGAUGCAAAUGAAAGAGGAUGUUGAAAUAGACAUGAAUAAAAUUAUAACCGUUCAAGUUGCCGAUAAUACGAAAAAAGAAGUAAAGACAGCAGCAACUGAUAAAUCAGCCAUCGAAAACGUUAAUGUUGAAUCUGAUAACGAUAAUGAUGAUAACGCUGAGGCAAUAAAAAAUUUCGUAAACGUAAAGAAUCCCACUGCGUUUACGCAAAGAGAAUUAGUGGCUCGUGCUUUUGCUAAUGAUAAUGUAGUCGAAGAAUUUGAGUCAGAAAAACAAGCCAUCAUUGAUGAAGAUAUGCCUAAAGAGAAAGACAUAACACUACCCGGUUGGGCAAAGAAAUAUCUUUCUACUGAUAUUCCACAUCCAUUCGAGACCAGAGAACAAUAUGAACGUAGUUUGCGUACUCCGAUAGGCAAAGAAUGGAAUACUAAUGAAGUAUUUCAAAAAAUGAUAACACCUAGAGUUGUCACGAAAAUGGGUGUUGUCAUUGAUCCUUUAAAAGUACCUUUUAAAACUAACGCAGAGAUAGAUUGA